AUGGGUCGUGAAUUCUCAGAAUUGUCAACUAACGGACGACAAGUUACCUUGAACCGCCCCAAAGCCCUCAAUGCUUUGUCCAGUCCUCUAUUUGAAGAAUUGAACGAUGCGCUGAGCAAAUAUGACGAAAACAAGGACAUUGGCGCCAUUGUCAUCACGGGAAGUGAAAAAGCAUUCGCUGCCGGUGCCGAUAUUAAGGAAAUGGCCCCCCUCACAUUCUCGGCUGCAUACUCGAACAACUUUAUUGCUCCAUGGUCACAUCUCGCCAACGCGAUCCGCACUCCCGUCAUCGCUGCCGUGUCCGGAUAUGCUCUCGGCGGAGGAUGCGAGCUUGCGCUGAUGUGCGACAUCAUCUACUGCACCGACAAGGCCACUUUUGGCCAACCCGAAAUCAAGCUGGGCGUCAUUCCGGGUGCUGGAGGCUCUCAGCGCUUGACGCGAGCCAUUGGCAAAAGCAAGGCGAUGGAACUGAUCCUCACGGGCAAGAACUUUAGCGGAAAGGAGGCCGGCGAGUGGGGGGUUGCUGCUCGGGUCAUUGAAGGUGGCAAGGAGGAGCUCAUGGCCGAAACAUUGAAAACCGCAGAGACUAUUGCGAGUUACAGCCGUGUGGCUGUUGUCGCGGCCAAGGAGGUGGUUGAUAAGAGCCAAGAGCUGUCCUUGAGAGAAGGUGUCGAGUACGAGCGACGUUUGUUCCACGGGUUGUUUGGCAGCAAGGACCAGAAAAUUGGCAUGACCGCAUUCGCUGAGAAGAAGAAAGCCGAGUGGUCUCACGAGUAA